UGUUUUACUAGGUUUGAGAGGCCUGGAAUCGGUAAAAACGAAUUCGAUUCUCUUAAAUAUUGCAUGUGUACGAUCAUAUGUCUUCAAGUCAAGACCCCAGACUAGACCAGACGCUAUUAGCGUUGUCGUUACCUAGAAGCUGAUACAAGCUAAAGAAUAGGAAGCUGUGAUGUCUGACCUUCUUAAAGACAAGUCCCAAAGGAGAGAGAAGAGGAUAGGGAAGGUUCCCUCAGAGGCAGGCCAUGGAGGAAGAGGCAAAGAAACAACGGGCAAGACCAAGGACUCUGUAAGUACGGUAUCAUACAUGGAUGAACUAGGACACCAUGAUGACAAUGCUCGUAUGGCUGUAACUAUGGAGAACACCUACCAGUUGGGACCUUACAAACGCUUCCCUGUACCUGCUGUCACAGACAUAUUGAAGGACGUACUAACCAGUUACCUUCAACAAGAAAAGUAUGAAGUAGAGUGGUCUCAGAAAAUGACCAAAACAAUAUGUGAGGUGAUAAGAGCUCGUGUGAAGGACCUCAUGAUCCCCAGAUAUAAGAUAGUCGUCCUCGUCCACAUUGGCCAGCUCACUGGACAGAGCAUGCAAAUCAGCAGCCGAUGCCUGUGGGACGCAUCUAAUGACACUUCCGCCUCUUACUCUAUCAAGAACAGCUCUCUGUAUGGAGUGGCAACUGUCUUUGCCGUUUACUUUGAGUGAACCACAGCUCUUGCGUGUUAUCUGAUAGUAGCAUACUGUAGGUUUUAUUUUAGUUACAGUUCUUCGCAGAUACAAAGGCUGCUGCUGUUUAAACUGUUUUUACAUACUGUUUAUUUUGCCAAUCAAAAAGCUGAGAACAUAACAAUUUAAAAACAAGAUUCACAAAAUAUCUUUAUACCAGCAUGGGUAGGAAAUUACAUUACUAUUAUUUAACUUUGGAAUAAUGGCGACAGAUAGAGUUUCUGAGGAUGUCUUUAGCAGAGCAUGAACAGGUCACUCCUUCGACAGCCUGUCUGACAACACGCAGCUAUCAAGGCCUGGUUUUGGUCACGCCAGUGACGAUCUAUCGUUGGCAUCUCUGUCUUCUUUAGGACAUUUAGCUGCUUGUUGCCUGCCAAGAGAUAUCAAUCUUUAUUUUAGAGACAUGAAAUAAACCUCAACAUUAUUAAAAGAAAUUAAAGCCGCUGUGUACUGAC